CAUGUUUGUGAAUUUGCUGACAAGAAGACUGAAAAUAAACAAUCUAACACAGAUGGAAACAAUAAUGUAUCAAGCCAGAUUUGCUUCCACAAAAGCAAGGAAUAUGAGGUCAAAGUAUUAUACAAAAAAUGAUGCCCCUCCACACAGAAUUGGCGUCACAAAAAGUUGGGACUCCAAGCAUACAGGUGGAAUUGAAGGCAGCUUGUGGGCACAUGAACGGUUUAUAGAUGAUGUAAUGAUCCGAAAGUUUAUUGAAGGUACUUUUUAUGAGAUGCUUGUCUCUAAUAUAGUUGUAAAAAGACAAUUAAAUCAAAUAAAAAUCAGCAUAUUUGUGAAUGCCAAAGGCACAACUGUCCAUAAGGUAUAUUUCUUAGUUGGAUUUACAGAAAGACUGCUGACUCAUUUACUUGGAUGUAUUGUAAAGAUGGAAGUAAUGUCAGUGCAAAUGUAGAGGUUCUGUUAUCAGAAAUUUGCUUUUAUUUUAGUUACUUAUUUCA